AUGGCUCUCAAAACCAUAUAUAUUGCAAGGCACGGUUAUCGUUCAAAUUGGCUCCCAAAAGGUCCCUAUCCUCCUCCUCCAACGGGUGUAAAUAGCGACGUGCCUUUGGCCGAGCAUGGAGUGAAACAGGCCAAGGAACUAGCUCACUACAUCAUGUCGAUCGAGAAUCAGCCGGAAAUGCUAUUCUCUUCGCCGUUCUACCGGUGCUUGGAAACGUGUGAGCCAAUAGCGGAUCUUCUCGAACUACCGAUAAACGUUGAGCGUGGGAUUGGUGAAUGGUAUAAGCCCGACCGAGCAAUUAUCCCGGAGCCUGCCUCGUUCGCUGUGUUGAACAAUUUCUUUCCUAAUAAGCUCAGUCCUGGAUGGGAUGCUACUGUGAUUCCUAGCGAUAAAGGUGAAACGGAGCAAGAGAUCUUCAGCAGGUGCCGAGAGUUCUGGCCUAAGUUUUUGUCGAAGCUCGAGUCCAACUUUCCGAACGUGGAAACCAUUAUGUUGGUGACGCAUGCGGCCACUAAAAUCGCUCUGGGCAUGAAUCUCUUGGGAUUUGAUAACUGCCGUGAUCCUAUCGACGGGGACGGAACGACUUUGAGAAGUGGUAGUUGUUCUCUUGACAAAUACGAACUAAUUGUGAAUGGAGACAUUGCCCCCGAGCUGGAAAGCGUGCCACUUGCUGAUAGAAGAUGGAGACUUACAAUGAACGGAAAUACUGAAUUUUUAGCUAAAGGCGAGGAAAUGCAUUGGGAUUUCCAAUAUGGAUUUGAAGCCGGGUCGGAUGCCGACAUCAAGGCAAGACGAGCUCUAGCUGAGGCCCAAGGGUCACAAGAUAAACAGACACAUGCCGAUGCUGUGUCAGCACUGGAGUUAGCUAAGCCUUUGGUCGAUACCGACGCUUACGAACAUGUCUAUUUCAGCGUUGACAUCCCUAGCGAUAGCGCAAAGACAAAGACCGAGGUAGAAUCUGGAGCAACACUGCAGUAUUCAGGACUAGAUACCAACGCGCCACUGGUCAAAAUUGGCGAAAAACUGUACGAAGGAUCAUGGCAAAAGCUUGUCGGAACCGAGCUGGUGUUUCCGGACGCUGCUGGUGUGGACGCGACAGGCAUUGAACAAGGCGAAAGCGAAUCCGAGGGACUCGACGAUACUCCGGAACAGAAACCGAUAGACGAAAGCAAGCCUCGAGCCGAGAAAAUAUAUCGCAUAACAGAUAAACUUGUUUUGGAGCACGUACGUCCCAUGUAG